AUGGAGGACUCUGGGAGCGGGGAUGGGCAGGGGCAGAUCCUGCAGCGCUUCCCGGAGAAGGACUGGGAGGACAACCCCUUCCCCCAGGGCAUCGAGCUGUUCUGCCAGCCCAGUGGGUGGCAGCUCUUCCCAGAGAGGAACCCACCCACCUUCUUCGUGGCCGUGCUGACCGACAUCAACUCGGAGCGUCACUACUGCGCCUGCUUCACCUUCUGGGAGCCUGUGGAGACCCCGCAGCCCCAGAGCCACCCCAGGAAUGGUGAGGGGGAGGAGGAGGAGGAAGAGGAGCCAUCGUCCCCUGUUCAACCCGCCCAGCUCUUCGCUCCCAAGAGUUUGGUGCUGGUGUCACGACUGGACCACCCCGAGGUGUUCAGGAACAGCCUGGGCCUCAUCUACACCAUCUACGUGGACGGGCUGAGCGUGUCCCUGGAGAACGUCAUCGGGAACCUCCUGACCUGCACCAUCCCCAUCACCGGGGGAGCUCAGCCGGACGCGGAGGACGAAGCCUCGAGGACGAUCUCGCUGGGCGCGGGGGACAGGCAGGUGAUCCAGACGCCCCUCAACGACUCGCUCCCUGUCAGCAGCUGCAGCGUGGCCCUGCUCUUCAGGCAGCUGGGCAUCACCAACGUGCUCUAUCUCUUCUGUGCUGCGCUCACCGAGCACAAGAUCCUGUUCCUCUCCAGCAGUUACCAGCGGCUCACUGACGCCUGCCGUGCCCUCCUGGCCCUCAUGUUCCCCCUCAAGUACAGCUUCACCUACGUGCCCAUCUUGCCCGCGCAGCUCCUGGAGGUCCUGAGCACCCCCACACCCUUCAUCAUUGGUGUCCACUCCAUCUUCCAGUCGGAGACACAGGAGCUGCUGGAUGUUGUCAUCGCAGACCUGGACGGCGGGACAGUGAAUGUCCCCGAGUGUGUCCACAUCUCCCUGCUCCCUGAGCCCCUGCUCCAGCAAACCCGGGAAGCCCUCUCCAUGGUCUUGGACCCGGAGCUGGAGGUGGCAGAUCUCGCGUUCCCCCCUUCAACUGUUGCUGCCUCUUCUCUCAAAAUGCAGGACAAGGAGAUCCGGGCCGUUUUCCUGCGCCUGUUUGCGCAGCUGCUCCAGGGCUACCGCUGGUGUCUGCACAUCAUCCGCAUCCACCCCGAGCCCGUCAUCCGCUUCCACAAGGCUGCCUUCCUGGGCCAGCGUGGGCUGACAGAAGAUGACUUCCUCACCAAGGUUCUGGAGGGCAUGGCCUUCGCUGGCUUCGUCACCGAGCGGGGCGCCCCGCACCGCCCCAUCGACCUGUUUGAUGAGCUGGUGGCCUACGAGGUGAAGCGCAUGCGGGCGGAGGAGGGGAACAAGCAGAAGAUCCUGCGGCACAUCAAGGAGCUGGCGGAGAAGCUUUACAAAAACGAGAACCCCUACCCUGCAGUCACCAUGCACAAGGUGCAGAAGCCCACGGAGGGCUGUCACCUGCGGCUGCACCAGAAGCCUUUUCCCCACCUGGAUGAGGGGACAGUGCAGUGGAUCAUCGACCAGGCCACGGCCAAGCUGCAGACAGCCCCUCCAGCUGUGAGGGCAGAGAAGAAGUGCAUGGUGCCCUCAGGACCCCCCAUCGCUGCCAUCAUGGAGCGCAACGGCAACGCCCUGGCCAACAGCGCCCGGCGCCUGGAGGUGGUCAGGAACUGCAUCUCCUACGUCUUCGAGAACAAGAUGUUGGAAGCCAAAAAGCUGUUCCCCGCGGUGCUGCGGGCCAUGAAGGGCCGCGCCGCCCGGCACUGCCUGACCCAGGAGCUGCACCUGCACGUGCAGCAGAACCGGGCGGUGCUGGAUCACCAGCAGUUCGACUUCAUCGUGCGCAUGAUGAACUGCUGCCUGCAGGACUGCACGGCCAUGGACGAGCACGGGAUCGCGGCCGCGCUCCUGCCGCUGGUCACUGCCUUCUGCCGGAAACUGAGCCCAGGCAUCACUCAGUUUGCCUAUAGCUGCGUGCAGGAGCACGUGGUGUGGACCAACAUCCAGUUCUGGGAGGCCAUGUUCUACUGCGACGUGCAGAACCACAUCCGGGCCUUGUACCUGGACAACAACGAGGAGAACCACACGGAUGAGGAGAGCACGGAGGGGCCGCAGGAAGCCAAGUCUGCCCUGGAGAUAGCCUCAGAGCAGCUGAGGCUGUGGCCCACCAUGAGCCGGGAGAAGCAGCAGGAGCUGAUCCAGAAGGAGGAGAGCACAGUGUUCAGCCAGGCCAUCCACUACGCCAACCGCAUGAGCUACCUGCUCCUCCCCCUGGACACCAGCAGGAGCCGCCUGCUGCGCGCCUCGGGGCUGGGCGACCUGGAGAGCAUCAGCAACAGCUUCCUCACCAACAGCAUCGCCGGCAGUGUGGCCGAGAGCUACGACACAGAGAGCGGGUUUGAGGACGCCGAGAGCUCGGACGUGGCCAAUUACGUGGUGAGGUUCAUCAACCGCUUCGUGGACAAGGUCUGCACUGAGAGUGGGGUCACCAACGAGCACCUGAAGGGGCUGCACGUCAUGAUCCCUGACAUUGUCCAGAUGCACAUCGAGACGCUGGAUGCUGUGCACAGGGAGAGCAAGAGGCUGCCCCCCAUCCAGAAGCCAAAGCUGCUGCGCCCCAACCUGCUGGUGGGAGAGGAGUGUGUGAUGGAGGGGCUCCGUGUGUACCUCAUGCCUGACGGCCGGGAAGCAGCUGCAGGAGGGACCAUUGGGGGUCCCCCCCUCCUCCCCGCCGAGGGGGCCAUCUUCCUCACCACCUACCGCAUCAUCUUCAAGGGCACUCCCACCGACCAGCUGGUGGGGGAGCAGGUGGUGAUCCGGUCCUUCCCCAUCGCCUCGCUGACCAAAGAGAAGAAGAUCAUCAUCCAGGGCCAGGUGGAUCAGUUCAUCCAGGAGGGCUUGCAGCUGCGCUCCUGCACAUUCCAGCUCCUGAAGAUUGCCUUUGAUGAGGAGGUGGCUUCUGACAGCGCCGAGAUCUUCAGGAAGCACCUGCACAAGCUGCGCUACCCCCAGCACGUGCGGGGCACCUUCGCCUUCACCGUGGGACAGUCCCCCAAGCAGGCCAUGCAGCCCAAGCCCAAGGAGAAGAACCCCUCACUCAGGACACUCUCCAAAAACCUAGUGAAAAAUGCCAAGAAAACCAUCAACCGCCAGUAUGUGACACGGAAGAAGUACACCCCCCCAGCCUGGGAGCAGCGGGGCAGCCAGCACCUCCCGGAGGACAACGAGGAUGAGAUCUCAGUGUCUGAAGAGAUGGACAGAAGCACUUUGACCCCCACCACCACCAUCAGACCUUCAGACAAGAUGACCAUCAACCACCUGGUGGAGCGCGCCUGCUGCCGGGACUACCAGCGGCUGGGGCUGGGCACGCUGAGCAGCAGCCUGACCCGCUCCAAGAACGAGCCCUUCCGCAUCUCCACUGUCAACCGCAUGUACGCCAUCUGCAGGAGCUACCCCGGGCUGCUGAUCGUGCCCCAGAGCAUCCAGGACAACACGAUCCAGAGGAUCUCCCGCUGCUACCGGCAGAACCGGUUCCCGGUGGUCUGCUGGAGGAGCUCCCGCACCAAGGCCGUGCUGCUGCGCUCGGGGGGGCUGCACAGCAAGGGCGUCGUCGGCCUCUUCAAGUCCCAGAACGCUCCCACCACAGGCCCCUCGCAGACCGACUCCACCAGCCUGGAGCAGGAGAAGUACCUGCAGGCCGUGGUCAACUCCAUGCCGCACUUCGCCGACGCCGGCGGCCGCAACACGCUCAGCGGCUUCACCUCGGCCCACAUGAGCAGCUCAGAUUUCUCCGACAAGAGGCAGCCCAAGCUGGGAUCGCUCAUGAAGCAGGUGAUGGGAGGGAAGGACGAUGGGCCCGGGCCCGUCAGCCGCGGAGGGCUGGGGCACAGAGCCAGGGUCAUCACUCUGUCCACCCCCAAGUGCGCGUCGGUGAAGGGCCGCGAGUCGCCCCGAGGGAAGUGGGGCAGCAUCCGGGCCAGCGGGCGGGCGAGCAGCUACGGCCUGAACGUGGAGAUCGGGUCCCGGCUGGCGGGGAAGGAGCUGCUGGGACCCCAGCACAACGGCAGCCCCGAGACCCCCUUCCUGCGCCCGCACCGCGCCGCGCUCUACAUCCUGGGGGACAAGUCCCAGCUGAAGGGGCUGAAGCCAGACCCGCUGCAGCACUGGGAGCUGGUGCCCAUCGAGGUGUUCGACGUGCGGCAGGUCAAGGCCAGCUUCAAGAAGCUGAUGAAGGCCUGUGUGCCCGGGUGCCCCUCCAGCGACCUCAGCCUCACCUACCUGCGGUCCCUGGAGGAGUCUGAGUGGCUGUCCCAGAUCCAUAAGAUCCUGCAGAUUUCAGUGUUGGUGGUGGAGCUCCUGGACACGGGUUCCUCGGUGCUGGUCAGCCUGGAGGAUGGCUGGGACAUCACCACGCAGGUGGUCUCCCUGGUGCAGCUGCUGUCGGAUCCCUACUACCGGACGCUGGAGGGUUUCCGCCUGCUGGUGGAGAAGGAGUGGUUGUCCUUUGGACACCGCUUCAGCCACCGGGGGGCGCAGACCCUGGCCGGCCAGAGCAGCGGCUUCGCCCCCAUCUUCCUGCAGUUCCUGGACUGUGUCCACCAGAUCCACCUGCAGUUCCCCAUGGAGUUCGAGUUCAGCCAGUACUACCUGAAGUUCCUCAGCUACCACUACAUUUCCAACCGCUUCCGGACCUUCCUGCUGGACUCCGACUACGAGCGCAUCGAGCUGGGUGUCCUGUACGAGGAGAAGGGGGAGAGGAAGAGCCAGCAGGUCUACAAAUCCAUCUGGGAUUACAUCGACCGGCUCAACAAGAAGGCUCCAGUUUUCUUCAACUACAUGUACGCGCCCGAGGAUGGGGAGGUGCUCAGGCCCUACAGCAACAUUUCCAACCUGAAGGUCUGGGAAUACUACACGGAGGAGACGCUCUCCGAGGGCCCGUCCUACGACUGGGAGCUGGCGCAGGGGCAGCCCGAGGCGGUGGAGGAGGCGGAGCGCCAGGACACCGGCGCCCCCCAGACCAAGCGCAAGAUCAUCUGGCCCUGCUACGACAACCGCAGCCGCCUGGAGCCCGACGCCAUCUCCAGGCUGCUGGAGGAGCUGCACAACCUGGAGAUGGAGCUGGGGCAGGUCCCGGAGCGCUGGAAGGAGACGUGGGACAAGGUCAAAGCUUCUCAGCGCCCCGAGGCCAGGCAGGAGGGCAGCCGGACCCCCAGCUCCCUCCUGAUGUCCUCCGGCCUGUCCCACCACCGCCGCUCGCUCGGUGUUUACCUGCAGGAGAGCGGGGUGGGCUCCACGCUCAACCUCAGCCUGGACAGCGACACCAGCAGCACCUCCACGCCCUCCAGCGGGCGGCCGGGCGGGCGCCGCAGCACCAGCACCCUCUACAGCCAGUUCCAGAUGUCGGAGAGCGAGAACAGGUCCUACGAGGGGUCCCUGUACAAGAAAGGAGCCUUCAUGAAGCCCUGGAAGCCUCGCUGGUUUGUGCUGGAUAAAACCAAACAUCAGCUCCGUUACUACGACAGCCGGAUGGACACGGAGUGCAAAGGGGUGAUCGACCUGGCCGAGGUGGAGUCCAUCACCCCGGGAACCCCCACCAUGGGGGCCCCCAAGACGGUGGAUGAGAAGGCCUUCUUUGAUCUGAAGACGACAAAACGAGUUUACAAUUUCUGCGCCCAGGACGUGCAGUUGGCCCAGCAGUGGAUCGACCGCAUCCAGAGCUGCUUGUCGGACGCCUGAGCAGCCGCGGAGCCGCGUGUCCCGGCGCUGCCCGCGGGGCCCCGCACGGGGAGCAGGGGCCGGGGGCUGCGGGGCCGGGGGCUGCGGGGCCGGGCGGGGGGCGCUGCCCCUGCUCCCAGCGCCCGGGACCCCCCCCGGCCGCGCCCCCGGGCGGGACCAGCCCGGGACAUGAGGUCGGACUGUGGAGGAUUCUUCGCGUUGCAGCAGGUCGGGGGGUGCGGGCUGGGGGGGCCCGGCCUGCUCUGACCCCCCCCCAAGGCCUGUCUGAGCCCUGUAAUUACUGUGUCCCCUGUGCCCCCCCAGCCCCGCUCCAGCUCAGCCGGCUGGAGGGGCAACUGUGCUUCCCCCCCCCGGGUUUAGAGAAAGCAGGAGCUGCCCCCCCACCCUCCCCACCGCCUGCAUGGCCACCCAGCCUUCCCGGGGGGACCCCAGCCCUUUUCCCCCCCCCCCCUUUCCAGACCCCCCUGCCCCGCAGUGCAGCCGCUGCCUGAGACACCCCCCCCCACCGCGGCUUUGCCCCAUCCCGCUGGAACCCGAGACCUGCAGCUCAGGGGGCCGGUACCUCCCCCAACCCCCCCCCCCGGGACUCAGCACCGCGCUGGGACCAUCCUGCCCCCCCCCUCCGGCAGCCCCCGGUGGUCCCAGCCCCGCGAUCUGCCCGGGGCUGGAGCUGCAGGCGCCGGGAUCCGUGUCCCGGGAUGCGGCCGCGGGGAGGGGGCUGCGAGGGCCGGGCCGGGCCGGGGGGCG